AAUCUUGGGAGGAAAGCUCAAGAAAUGGAGUUCUCCAUUCCCAUUUGUAACCAAUCCAAUUUUAGUCAAAAGGAAAAUUUUGAAGCCAAAAAUCUAAAACCCAAAAACAAGGAAACACCACCCACCAAUCCCUGGUUUUUCCUGUGAGUGACUGACUCGGUCUUCCAUGGCAGAAGAAGCAACAAGUCCACAGUCAACUCUGCACCCUCUACACGCUAUAUGAGAAGCCAUUAAUUUUCCUUUCCCACUAAAAUCUCUCUCCAAAUCUAUCUUUUUUCUGUUCUUAUCAUCCUCUUGUUGUUUCCUCUGAUCACCUUCAUUCCUUCUUCUGCUCUGUGUUCUGUGUUCUUCACUCAACCAGACAAGUAUCUUAUUUUAUUGUUGUUUUUUAAGUAUAUGUUUAUGUUUCCUCGUAUUUAGAGAAAAGGGGUUCAAGAAAACCACAAAGCUCAAGCUAAGAUGACAAGGUAUGUGUGUGGAACUGUCACCACUGUGUUUUUGCGUUUGUUCUUGUUCUUGUCCUUGUUAUUUCCAUUGGGAUUAUCUUUGUCUUCGAAUCAAAAUUCCAUAAUGAUCAAUCUCUCUCUGCUCCUUAACAACACUGCUUUAUCAUGGGAUGUUAAGACACAGCCAAACCCAUGUUUAUGGAAAGGGGUUAAUUGCAGCAGUGACAAUUCGUCUGUAAUCAGUCUUUCUUUAAAUGGACUUGGUGUUUCUUCUUCUGGGUUUUUGUCUCUUGUUUGCCAGAUUGAAUCUCUGCAAUCCCUUGAUCUCUCUAACAACAGAUUGAGCUCAAUUCCAGAUGAGUUCAUCAGUAGUUGUGGAGGAAUCAGUGAGCUAAAGCUUGUGAAUUUCAGCAAAAAUUUCUUGUUCGUUGAUUUGCCUACUUUUCGUGGUUUUCUUGGGUUAGAAUCGUUGGACUUGUCUUUCAAUUCUCUGAGAGGGAGCAUUAGUUCACAAUUAGAUGGAUUGAGUUCACUCAAAAUAUUGAAUCUUAGUUUCAACCGCUUCAAGGGUUCUGUUAACCUUGGAAAAUCCAUGGUGUCAUUGGAGGAGCUUCACCUUUCUGUGAAUUUUUUCCAAGGUGAAAUCCCCUCUGAAAUUUUCAAUUAUCUGAAUUUGACCCUGAUUGAUCUGAGUGCAAAUAAUUUUUCUGGGUUUAUACCUGAUUCAAUUGGAAAUCUCACCAAGUUGAAGACUUUGAUUUUGUCUUCCAAUGAUUUGGUUGGAGAAAUCCCUCAGACCAUUGCUGAUAUCACAACUCUGUCUCGGUUUUCAGCAAAUCAGAAUGGUUUUAGUGGUAGAAUCCCUAGUGGAAUUACAAGAUAUCUUAGCUUUUUAGAUCUUAGUUAUAACAAGUUAAGUGGUUCUAUUCCAUUAGAUCUUUUAUUACAGCCUAAUUUGGGAACGGUGGAUUUAUCUUAUAAUCUGUUGGAUGGUACAAUACCUGAAAAUAUAUCCCAAGCUUUGGUCAGAUUGAGAUUGGGAAGCAACUCUCUUGUUGGGUCGGUUCCCUCGUUGUGCAAAUCGAACCAGAAGUUGACUUACUUGGAGCUGGACAACAAUACAUUGUCUGGUGAAAUACCGGUUGGGUUGGCUUCUUGCCGGAAUCUGGCACUGUUGAAUUUAGCUCAGAAUGGUCUUUCAGGUCCAUUGCCAGUGGAAUUGGGUAAUAUGAGCAAGCUUGAAGUUUUGAAACUUCAACUCAACAAGCUGGUUGGAGAAAUCCCUGAAUCAUUCUCUCAAUUACAGAAGCUGUCAACUCUCAAUAUAAGCUGGAAUUCUCUUACUGGUUUGAUACCUUCUUCAAUUUCAAACUUGGAAAACCUUGCUCAGUUGAACUUGCAAGGUAAUGGUCUUCAUGGCUUGAUACCUGACAACAUUAACAACAUGCGGUCUCUGUUAGAACUCCAACUUGGACAAAAUCAACUGGGUGGAAGGAUUCCAAUGAUGCCAUUGAAGUUGCAGAUUGCUUUGAAUCUCAGCAGCAACCUCUUUCAGGGGCCUAUUCCAAAUACUCUUGGUCAACUGAAGGAAUUGGAAGUUCUGGAUCUCUCAAACAAUAAAUUCUCAGGUGAGAUUCCAAGUUUUCUUACUCAGUUGGCAUCCCUGACAAAGUUGAUACUCUCAAACAACCAGCUUAGCGGAAUCAUCCCGGAAUUCAAGCCAUGGGUUUCUGUCAUUGCAAAUGGAAAUGUGGGUCUUAUCAAUGCUACAAAAACAAACAAUUCCCCAGAAUUCAUAAAAAAGAGGAAACCACUUGUUUUGGCAGUUACUCUUGCUGUUGGAGCUGCUGCUAUUGCUGUUGGGGUGAUCAUAAUUGUUGCUGUAUCAUUCUCCAGAAGAUUUCAGAAAAUUAAUGAUCAGCAGUCACAAUCAGAGGAAGAUCUUCCACUCCCUCGGGUCAUCCAAGGCAAUCUGUUGACUGCAAAUGCAAUUCAUAGAUCUAAUAUCGACUUUGCCAAAGCCAUGGAAGCAGUUACUUAUUCAUGGAAUAUUGUGGUGAAGACUAAGUUUUCCACGUACUACAGAGCCAUCAUGCCUUGUGGAGUAAGCUACUUUGUCAAGAAGCUUAACUGGAGUGAUAAGAUAUUCCAAUUGGGAAACCGUGAUAAAUUUGAGCAAGAGCUGGAAGUUUUAGGGAAGCUAAACAAUUCAAAUGUCAUGACUCCAUUGGCAUAUGUAUUGACAGUUGACAGUGCCUUUCUCUUCUAUGAGCAUGCUCACAAGGGCACACUUUUCGAUGUUCUUCAUGGCAAACUGGAAAAAGCAUUGGACUGGGGAAGCCGUUACAGUAUAGCAGUUGGAGUGGCUCAGGGUCUUACUUUUCUGCAUGGAAACUCCUCCGGACCGAUUCUCCUCCUCGACCUUUCGAGCAAAAAUAUUUUGCUGAAGUCCCUGAAGGAGCCUUUAGUCGGAGACAUUGAACUCUGCAAAGUGAUUGAUCCCUCGAAGAGCACCGGUAGCAUUUCAACAAUUGCUGGUUCUGUUGGUUAUAUUCCACCAGAAUAUGCUUACACAAUGAGAGUAACAAUGGCGGGGAAUAUAUAUAGCUUCGGAGUUGUUCUACUUGAACUGCUGACAGGAAAGCCAGCAAUUAGCAACGGAACUGAAUUAGCCAAGUGGGUCUUAAAUAACUCGAAGCAGCAGGAUAGGUGGGAUCACAUCCUCGACUUCAACAUCAGCAAAACAUCAGUGGCAGUCAGAGGCCAAAUGCUUGCAAUACUUAAGGUUGCUCUUAGCUGUGUCAGUGUUUCACCGGAAGCACGGCCAACGAUGAAGAAUGUGUUACGGAUGAUCCUCAACGCACGAUAGAGCCUAGCCUCAAAUCUGUCUGUUACCAUGCAUAAGGUUGAUCCUCUCAGUUUUGUUUAAUUCUAAUUACUAUAGGUACUGCAAAAGCCUUUAUAUUCACAGAAAAAUAUUGCAGCUGUUGGCAGGCAACCUGCAUGAAAUACCAUUGUAUACAUAACACAUGCAUAGCAAUUUUCAGGAAUAUAAAUUAUCAGUUUUCAUCUGUCAAAA